CUCUAUGUACACACACACACACAUAUAUACACAUUUAACACAUUAUACACACACAUAAAAUGCAUAUGCAUGCGCGUGAUGCGUGUGUGCGAAUCUCUCGAUUUAGGUGUAGUUUUAAGCGUGUCUCGACGGACGGAAAGUAAAUCCCGUGAAGCUAUGCGGCACUCGGGCGAAGUCUACCUUUCAAACGCUAUUAUUACCUGAAGAUAUCCUAAUUCGCGUGUUCUGACAUAUAGUGAUAAUUAUUUUAGAGACUAGAAGAGAGAAAGGGAGAGAGAGACAGAGGAUGAGUCGCUCUCUCGUGGGUUAUUCUAACAAAAGAUAGAUAUACAUAAUACAUAUAUAAUAGAUUAGAGCCGAGAACAAAAGUACGUUUUAUGAAUAAGAUCAUAUAUUUCAGAAUUAUAUCGAUAAUGAGAUUAAUUGAAUGAUGUUGAAGUAUAAAGUGUGUAGUUAGCGAUAAAGAGAGAUGAUAACAGGUCAGGGUUCGUAGAAUAUAGUAUAUGUAUAGAGUGAGGACGCUCCGCCAUAUGCGAGAACCCGCGGUCUCGUGGCGGAACUUAAACAAAUAUACUGCCUUUUUCGCACGUGGGAUUGUUCGGAUGUCGAUGGAAAUUGCAUUAAAAUCUUUGCGUCUUUUGAUUCAAGCCCCAGCUAUAUCGUGUAUGUAAAGUUCAUUUCACCUCCGUAUCUUCUAAAAUAUACGUAGGCAUUUUUACAUAUUCCUAUAAAAAUAUAUAUACAUUAUUUUUACAUAUUAUUACAAACUAUAUUAAUGUUACCGAUUGUUAUUCGGCAUUCAAAUUGAUUUACGAUCUCUAGAUGAAUAUUUAUUUAUUUAUUUAAUAUAUAUACGCGAUACGCGAGCGAUGUUUGUAUAACAAUAUAGACUGUAAGAAAGGAAGAAAUGGCACACACAGGAGGAAAGUCUGAAGUCGCAUUCGCGCACCGCAAUGUUAUAUUCAGAAGCAAUAUUCUAAAGCGGUGAGAGAACGGCUCACAUGAUACUCUUUGCUCUGCCAGUAUUCUGGAAUAACAAAAUAUUAUUACGAUAUCUCUCUUUCGGGAGAAAAUGAUCUCUGGCUCGAUGAUCAGCUCGCCCAAUUCCGACUUUUGCUCCGACUUUUUCUCAAGUAGUUUCUUGAAGAACCUUGUACAUAUAAUCUCCGAUAUGCGUAUACAUGUAUAUAUUUUACAAAGGGUGUUUCAAAGCUUUACUGGCAAGCUUUCAGAGCAGAUUUCCGUCGAAGGAAACGUUCUCCGCGUCGCGUCGCCUACGUUUGCUGUUACUUUUUACACAUUAUCCACUCAGUCGUUCAUCGCAGGAAUCGCGCGUUUUCGCCUCGACAACUCCGAUGUUGUGGAAGCUUGCCAAGAGAUUCUGAAUAUCUCCUAUAAUGUUAAUUUUAUACUAUGUAUACAUAGCGAUACACAUAAUGGAGCGUAACGUUAAAUGUGCGUAGUGCGUACAUACGGGACGGCCCGGACUGGUCUUAGGGCGGCUCCGAUUAAUUUGAUCGGCGAUUAAUUCAACCGGCAGAGAAUUGCUUAAAGCAUAAAUUUCUGACUACAUAAUUCGUCGUCCCUAAUCUCUUUUUUUUUUAUAUACCGAACAAGAAAAAAAUUAAUAAUUCUACCAACAAAGUAACACAAGAUAUCGCUCGAUAAAUUAAUCGUUAAUUAAGUUAAUCGAAGUUUAGUCCAAGUCUCCCUGAACUGCCCUGUUGAAAAAAUAAGUUUUCCCGGGGUGCCUCUCGUCGGACCACGUGGAAUGCGCAUUUAAAAGAUCAAGAGGACUAGAGAUUGUAGCUCGAUGAAUCAGGACAGAGCGGACUAAGAUGAAAGAUAUUUAGAUAUCCGAUUGAUAAAAUUCUAAUCUCUAGGUCGCAUCUCGCAUCGCCCGAUGCCAUGCUGACUGCAAAUUCGAUCACCCGUAUCACCCAGCACGGUAGAACUUGGGCACGCCAAAAACUACUGUACAUGUAGCUGUUUAAUGGUAAAGACAUAAUGUAAACAUAUUUACCGAUGAAAUAGACAAUGUUGUAUUUUUAGCGGAAUAUAUAUUGGAUAUUUUACCGGGCAAGUGCUCAUAUUGCGCCUUUACGUGAUCUCUUCAUGUACAGCGGUAUUCAUUAGCGUCAGAAUAGAUAUUUCGUUCUUUGUAGCUGAACUUUUAAUACUUCUCAUCUCUUAACUCCCUCUUUUUCUUUCUCUUCAAUAACAUACAAUCGCGGUGCCUAUAUAUUUCACUUCUUUAAAUGCAAAAGGUAUAUCCGUAGCGCAGCUACACAAGAGAUAGAACGUCAAGUUCAUUCCUUAUAUAGUUGAAUCUUUUGUACUUUCUAUUCUUAACGUAACGAUUAUGUGUUAAGUAUUCAGUAUUGUAUUACAUAUGUAUUUCAUUUUAAAUGCAGAAAAUAUAAUAUACCUAGCGCAGCUACAAAGAGCAGAAAGAGAAGACUUACUGCCGCUACCAUGCCUGCCGAAUUCGUUAUGAUACGGACUUUCUAGUUUCUCUACGUAUGUACACAAUAUAUGCAUAUGCAUAUGUAUAAUUAAGGUAGGCGACAGAGAGAAAGAAAGAAGAGAGAAGUCUAUGCACCGGACCACUGACCAGUAGAGAGAUCAUUAGUAGAAAACUGGAAAUAACGUCUCGAAGCGUAAAGUCACUCAAACUCGCUCGUUAUUCGAAAAUCGCAGAGUGCUGCGGUAUUAUGCAAAGCACUGUGCCACUCGUGUAUACACGCCAAUUUCAAUAAAAGCGACAACUUUUGUCUUGUAGGAAACAUCAUAUCGAGCACGAGUACCAUUUACGAGCAGCGUUUACCGUUUACCUUCUACCCCUCUACCGCAGUUAGUACCGCACUGUGUUUCGUUUCACUUCAAUUUGUGUAGUGAAGUUCGAAGCACAUCUUUCGAUAUGAUUUUUCUGUCUCGCGAGUGAGUUUUCAAAAAUUCUUUCGUGGUUAUCCAAGGUUAUCGUGCGAACACUGCGAAUCUUCGGAAUUGAAUGUAUAGAAGAGAGAAAAGCUUACAAGACAUAAAAGAAUAAGGAGGAUAAAAGUACCUUGUUUCUCAUGGGGUCCCAAAGAGACGGACGUUCAUUAAAAAAGGGGAAAGAGAGAAACGGAGCGAUUCUGUGCAAUUUUAUUGGUGUAGUAAUUAAUCUAUUUGGGUGCGAACCUUCUUUUCUAACCUAACCUAACUUACCUAACCUCUCGUCGUCAACAAUAGUCAACGGUCAACAACCAUCAACAACGGACGUGUCGCUCGCGAGGACGGAUAGGAAGGUACAGGAAUACCGCUGGGUUUUUAUCCGCCGGUCAGAUACAUCGGAUAAAAAAAGAAGAACGUGUCCAGCAACAAUAAAUCGAAUUUAUUGAAUACGUAAUCGUAAUGUAUAAUUUUGUCGCACCUGUCGCGAAGCAAAGAGUGACGCCGUAACGCCGCGUCUUAACACUUGACACGUCUUAACGACAGCAAAUAUUCAUAAAAGAGGAAAGGAAGAUAGAAGAUACGCGAAGAGAUGAUGAACGAGAAGAUGAUGGACGCGCGAAGGCGCGAGAGAGAGCUGAUAGGCUUACGCGGAGUUCCUGAAGCUUGGACCAGAUCCCCGACGCAAAUUGAAUACAGCUCAGACGAGGAGGAUGAAGAUCUGAGUAAACACAAGGAUAACGCUUCACCAAAGGAUCGCAAAAGAAAGAGGCACGAUACUAAAAAAAAGAAGAGCAAGAAAUUGAAGAAGGAAAAGAAAGCGAAGAAGGAGAGAAAGAAGGAGAAAAAGGCGAAGAAAGAAGCAAAGAGAGAAAAGAGGAAGAAGAAGAAAGCAAAAAAAGAAAUCGACAGUAGUAGUUCUGACGAUAGCGGCAGCAACAACAGCAGCGAUGAGGUAGUCUGGGUGGAGAAAACCAUGGUCACUGAUAAGCCGAAACCAAAGAAAGACUCGAGUUCGGACGACAGCGGAGACGACGGGAUGGUUGGACCCGCCCCGAAACCCCACGUGACUCUCUCGGCCAAGGAUUUCGGCAAGGCGCUGCUACCGGGUGAAGGCGCGGCAAUGGCGGCUUACGUCGCCGAAGGGAAGCGCAUACCCAGGAGAGGCGAGAUUGGUCUCACGUCGGAGGAGAUCGCGUCGUACGAAUCUGUCGGUUACGUCAUGAGUGGUAGCAGGCAUCGUCGCAUGGAAGCAGUUCGUAUUCGAAAGGAGAACCAGAUUUAUUCUGCCGACGAGAAGCGUGCCUUGGCGAUGUUCAGCAAAGAAGAACGACAGAAGAGGGAAAAUCUUAUAUUGGGACAAUUUAGAGAGAUGAUUAACCACAAGAAAAUGGCGCAGGAGAAAGGGAAUUGACGAAUUUAUCGUGACUAAUAUUGACACACCUUCUUGUGUCUGUAUAUAUUGUAUAAAUUUUAAGCUUUUGUAAAUUAAGCGAAGGUGAUGUACUCAUAUAUAAAAAAUAUUAAUGUAUAUACAUACUUGAAUAAAUAUAGUAACCAUUUUCUCAA